GUCACUUUGUGUCAUUGGAGAACAUUAAUCAAUACAAUUUGUUAAUAAAUUUAUAAAUUAAUUUUGACAAAAAAGAAAUGGUUCAUACAAUGACUAACAGAAAAUCAAUAAAUCGAUUGGUCCUUCUGUAUCGUCUAUUGGUCAUCUUUAUCUACACUAUUUCAUUGAAUGCAGCCUAUUUCUAUUUCUUUGCAAAUGAUCUCUACAUUGAUCCAAUGCGAGCGUUGUAUACAUUCAAAUAUUUCACUUGUAUUGCAGCGUUUAUGAAUGUGUUAUAUUUUAUAAUGGCUAUACCAUUAGAUUAUUUCACGGAUAAAACAAUCGGUGCUUGUCAAUACUUGGUUACAUUUGGAUUCACUGGGACAGCUAUGCUAUGCUAUUGGGGUGUAGUUUUCUAUGAUCCAACUUAUAUUACUGAAAUGGAAGAUUUGAAGAAUAUGCCAUUUUGGUUUAAUCAUAUGAGUCAUCUAUUGCCCGCCAUCUUAUUGAUAAUUGAUGCUUAUUUAUGUCAUCCGAAAAUUGUUUCACUGAGUAGCGCAUUGAAAAUUGAAUGUUUCAUUGGAAUUAUUUACAAUUUAUUUGUCGAGAUUGGCAUACUUGUAUGGAACACAUCGCCGUAUCCUCUAUUUCUUCGAUUUAAUAUACUAGUAAGAUUUUUAAAUUAUGCAUCCGCUUGGUGUAUUACCACUGGAUCAAUGUUGGUUGGACAAAAAUAUGUUCAAUAUUUACAUGAUCAAUCCCAUCAACGAAUCAAACAACAUUGAACAUACACAUUACUUCAGGAAAAAGAAUAUCAACUGUGUACACUUUUGUGUUUCAUCUUCUAUUUUUUUGUUUUUGUAAAGUUCUUUUGCACUGUAUUCAAUUCAAUGUUCAAUGUUUCAUUGUUUGAUGUAUUGAAAAUUUAACACACACACACACACACCAUGAUUGUAUGCAUGCAUACUUUGCAUGUGAUUUAUCUUGCAGGCAAGAAUGAGAAAUGGUGUAAUAGUUUUCUGUUUAAAAAAUGAAAAUUUAUAUAUUUAUUUUGUAAGAAUGUCUUUGUUUUGUGUUUUAAGAUAAAAUAUAUUUCGAUCUGGUAAUGUGUAUGUAACACGUGUGAUAAUGAAAUAGACAGUUUGUUCUAUAGUACAGGAAAAUGAAAUGUAAUUUGUCUGGUGUUUUUGAAAAAAAAACUGAGUACCGACUAAAAUG